ACUAUAUAUAAAAAGUUUCAUUCGAAAGCAUAUCUCAAUUCUCAUCCUUAUCCUCAUCAUGAUUGAUAUUAAGGUGAAGGAAAGGACACUGGUGAGACCAGCGGAGAUAACAACUCGGCGGUCACUGUGGCUAUCGGACUUGGACCUCUUAUACAACGUGGGAACAGCCACCUGCCUCUACUUUUACAAGAACUGCUCUAACGUAGUCGAUGGAGCUGUUGAUGGAGCUUAUUCCAAGCCUUUCGACUCAACUCUUCUCAAGGAAGCUCUUGCUAAGGUUCUUGUUCCUUAUUAUCCCAUAGCAGGCCGCCUUAGGCAGCGCCAUGAUGACGGUCGUCUCGAGAUCGACUGCAACGACGAGGGGGUUCUAUUCGUUACAGCGGAGACAAGUGCAGUCAUCGAUGACCUUGGAGACUUUUGCACCUUCCCUGGGCUCCUUAAGCUCUCUCCCCCUCCCUCAGACUACGCAGCUGGCAUAUCUUCAUUCCCUUUGUUGGUGUUGCAGGUUACAUAUUUUCAAUGCGGUGGAGUGUCUAUCAGUGUUGGUGGAGAACAUAUUGUAAUAGAUGGAAAUUCUGUUAUUGAUUUUAUGAAUGCAUGGUCUGCAAUAGCUCGAGGCCAACCAAACCUUAAAGUUAGGCCAAAUUUAGAUAGAACACUACUUCGUCCAAGAGAUCCACCUCAAAUUAUGUUCAAUCACAUGAAUGCCUACCAAAUCAUUACUGAUAAAUCCAUCAAAACUACUCCCAAUCCCAAGCAAACCACUAAUAGUGUUGAUCAUAAGCUUAACUUCAAGCUCACUCUUGUCAAAAUAACAAAGCACCAACUCAACAUUCUGAAAUCGAAGAUUAAAGAAGAAUUAGGCAGUAUAAUCAACUAUAGCACAUUUGCAAUAUUGGCUGGGCUUAUAUGGAAAUGUCGCACAAGCAUAGCAUGUAGUGAACUUCUUGCCUAUGAAGAAUCUAAACUAUUCAUUUCUGUCAAUGGAAGAUCAAGAUUUCAACCCUCACUUCCAACUCAAUAUUUUGGAAAUGUAGUUUUCCAUACUACAACAGUGGCAACCACAGGUGAUCUUCGAUCAAAACCAUUAUGGUAUGCAGUAAAUCGUAUUCAUGAAACUUUGAAGCGAUUUGACAAUGAUUAUUUAAGAUCUGCCAUUGAUUUUUUAAGUGUUCACCCUAAUACAAAGCAUAUUGGACUUGAAGAGUGUAGAUUUCCAAAUCUUGGAAUUGUUAGUUUGGCUAAAUUUGCAGCUCGUGAUGCUGAUUUUGGUUGGGGUCGACCUUUUCAUAUGGGAAAUAGUGGACAUAUAUAUCACGAGGGGAGGUCUUGGAUUCUUGAUGAUGGUGAUGGUGGGAACUUAAGUGUUCUCCUAUCUUUGCUACCAGAACAUGUCCAAGUAUUUAAGAAUUUGUUCUAUGAAUCUAUUGAAGAAAAUUCUCACAUCUCUGAUAUCAAACCGCGUCCAAGGAUUUAAGAAGUUGUUCUAUGAUGAAUCAAUAAAGAAGCAAAUUUUUCUAGUGAUAAGUACGAUGAGGAUGAACUAAUUUUUGAUUGGGAUCAUUAAUUCUGACUUUUUUUGUGCUUUUUGUAUUAUGGUUAUAAUUGUUGUUAUUUUUCUUUCCAAGCAUUGUAUGUUUGAUCAGUGUGAGACUUGUAAUAAGAUUGGAUUUCUCUCAA